AAUGUCACCCGUAAUUACAAAAAUACAAACCUGAAGUAAACUGCAAAUUUGUGUUUUUAUAUACUUUUUUAUUACAUAGUAUUUUUUGUUAUAAUUUUAGAUGAGUUUUUGGACCUUUUGUCCUUUUUAUAUUUCAAUGGCAAUACAAAAAUGUCAACACAAUCGCCAAUCGCACUGUAUAUAGUAUUUAUCCCCAUGCUAGUCGCCUUAAUUGAUGACCAACCUUACUGCACAGUCCGCUAUCAAAGACUGUGCCAGGGGAAAGGUCGACAUGUCGCGUGUCAGUUCCCUGAGGCAGGACCCGGAGAAUUAUGUCAAAAUUACACUGAAAUAAAAUUCAAUACUGAGUUGAGAAAUUUUAUAACUCACUACAUAAAUAGACGCCGUCAGCGAAUAGCAGCCGGUAAUGAGAGAGUGCGCGGAGGCAUGCAAUUACCCAAGCCUGAAGUCAUGAUGUUUGUUGAAUGGGAUCGUGAAUUAGCUGUAUUAGCGCAAAGAUUAGCUGACCAGUGUGACUUUGUACACGACGAAUGCAGAGCCACAGUUCGAUAUCCGUACGCUGGGCAGACAGUGGGAGAGGUCCGCUGGCGCCGCUCCGGUGAAUCAGACGAGCUGACAGCUCAGAGGGCCAUCCGCAGGGUAUUUGACGCGUGGUGGGGCGAACGGCGGCGGGUCCAGCCAAAGCAGCUCACUGCACCUUUUAGACUGACAGCAAAGGGUGCUGUAUGGGGUCAUUUCAGUCAGUUAGCGGUAUGGACUCUUCGUGCUAUCGGCUGCGGGGCAGUACGACACGGUGCCAGCUAUCCUCGUCUACUUCUCGUCUGCGAUUUCUCGCACACCAACAUGCUCGGCCAGAAGACUAUAUCACCAGGACCUAUGGCUUCUUGCCCGAUUCACACUGCUAGAAGAUCUAAGGCUUACCCACUACUCUGUGUUAGCGUUAGAAAGAAAGCUUCACUGGAAUUAAAGCCUAGUGAAGAGUUGGAACUCGAUGAAGAAGGCGAUGAUAUGGACGAAGACGAUAACGAUGAUGUUUCUAAUGAUAACGUUAUCGAUCAAGACGGAGUAUUCUUAAAGGAAUUUACUAGGAAACGACUGACAAACAAACGUGUAAAAACAAAGGUUAAACAAUCAACUAGGGAUAUGCAAACGGGUACUACUAAAAAGGAGAAUGAGUCGUUAUUGGUAAGAGUCUCAGAUAUGAAUAAGGCCAAGCCAACUAGAGCACGUAUGUUACACGAAUUUGAUGAUAUGUUGCAAAUACGAAAGAAAGCAGACAUAAAGAGUCGUGUCAAUGGAAAAUAUAACGAGUGGUACAGAAAACGGCCUAAUUAUGGAAAAUGGCGCGAAAGUCAUGAGAGGUUAUCGGAAAUGGAAAUGACAUCACCCUCUGUACAUUCCAAACUUCACGUAAUGGAUAUCAACGGAUCUGACAUGGCGGAGUUUAAAAGACUAUUCACUAAAUCUCACGAGACUACAAUUGAGUCGCUUAUAAUUAGACAUCGAUGGAAGCAAAGCAGAGAUCGACCACGUAGGCCUGGAGCUAAUGCUCUAUUGAAUGUGCCAACAGCGAUGCAGUCCCGACGGCCUUCUGUUCCGUCACUGAUUUUGGAUAAAGAUGACGUAGAACAGUUGUUCCGGGAUACAGGCUUCAAUCCUAACUGGAGAAGAAAAGACGUUCAUGUAACAAAAACUAAUCCGAAUUAA